UCACAACAAACGAAGACAAGCUGUACCGGCGAAUGUUUACAGUCACGUACACGAUCUGUUCCCUCCGUUCCCCGAUGUUUUGGGCCGUGUUGUAUGGGUUUAAUCUAUUAAGAAGCGAACUUUAACGUUUCUAGUUUGCGUAUAUAUUUGUUUACAGCGUGGCUGUUAUUCGUAUCUUUGCACUGGUCUUGUCCUGUCUUUGAUGAUGCCUCAGGAACCUCCGGAGGGGCAAUCGCUGCCGCUGGUCCGAUCUCUGGUUAGCCGGAUACCAGUCGAAGUGGUGUUCUGUAACUGCAGUCCGCGCGUCGUCAAGCCCGUCUGGAUCAACUUCCGCGGGGAGCCGCAGCCAUACGUAGAUAUUCAGCCGUACACCGGACGAAAAAUGAAAACUUUUGUGGGGCAUCCAUGGAUGUUUCGGGAUGCAGAAACUGAUGAUCCAAUGGUAGUCAAUAAUAAAGAGAUGUAUUUGCCAGCCCCGCAUGAAAAUGGACAAGUCUCAUUUGCCAACAUCACACUGCCUGUGCUGACCUUGCGAGAUCGCUGUCUGCAAGUUGUGAGGCGGUUGGUUCGCAGAGAAGAUAUCUGUCAGUUGGAGAUUGCACGCUGCCUACAAGAUGACCUUGCUCAGAGACCCAGCAUUCACACUGAUCUACAACGCAUUAGUCGGCGGGUGGAACAGAAGUUACUGGAGAACAGAGAACAGCAAAACGUGAAAAUGUGAACAUUAAUAUAAGUGUGAAUGAGGGUAUAUUUACUGAGCAGAUUUGUGCACCAGCAUGGACAAUAAAAUCUAGCACUGUAAAAGAGACAGUGCUGACAAACCUCAGAUCAGGAGGAAUAUUUUCUUAAGCAAAUGGACACUUUAAACAUAGUUAUCUUUAGGUUUUAGUGACAGGCACUGAGUCGACAGAAAAAAAAAUUGAAAAUGCAGAUUUUGUGUGAUUUUUCUGUAUGGUAGGCGAUGCAAUAUUUUUUGGUUACAGUUCUCUGUAUACUUUUACUCUUUUAACAGCUUUAUUUUUGGAAAAAUCAUUGUAAAUAAAAAAAGUUACUAAAUGUUUUUAA